GUGGCACAGCAGCGCGCGUGCUGUUCCGGUCUCCCAUGUACCACCUCCCGGGGAAACUGACCGAACAGGCAUUUUGUUUGUUCAGUGAUACGUUUCCUUGUACAGGAUGCCUCGACGAGUCGUCCAGACCGCCACAAGACCGCAGUUGUUUUGUUUGUCGCCCUUGACGGCGAUAACGGUGCAUGAGGACCACACACAUCAGGCCUGGGCCAGUUGCUAUUUUUUCCCUAGUCUCGGCUUCGCUACUGUCGGCUCCAGUCCGCUGGGUGUGCCACAGACGCCUCAUAGCCAGUGGGUUGCCUCAGCUGGACUCCCCGUUUCAUGUCACCCACCAACGACUGGCAAGCUGAAGCUGAUGCUGGAAGUGGGACCGUGGGGAGCGGGAGCAUCACAGGACCCUCACCUUUCCGGCCCUCCCCUCCACGCGACUGACCUAUCAGGGUCACCAGCCCAGCUCAGCCCUGUCUGGCAGUGCUGCGUUAUUGGCUUCUUCCAUCCACGCCAUUCGAUAAGCGGCCGCGGACCGUUUUACAGUCACACCGGGGAAGAGGCGAUUUCGUUGUCACCUUGGAUCAUGAUGUGGACACCGAGGCGCCUUGUACGGGGGUGUGCGGAAGCACGAGAGCGGCUGCCAAGUACGCAAGGGUGCGGGAAGUCGACCAUGGGGUAGGAAGUACGUAAGGCUCCCUCCCGCCACGGUACAGUCACCUCCCAUUCUAUAUAGCAGGACCGGCCGCCCGCCCUUGGGUCGUCGGCCCUGUUCGUCAACCACAUCGCAGACCCCGUUGUCGCGCCCAGAAACCGAGCAGAAACAGCUCCUACCUCCCAGGGCCGGUCUCAGACACGGUCUCUUGCAAGCCUUCCGACCAGUUCCACGUUGAGCGCGAUAUAUCUCUUCACGGGCCUCGCCCUUGUCCUCGCUCACCUAUUUGGCC